GUUCGAUCACACUGACAAGUACCCUGCGACCGCCAGGCUACAGUAAAUACGUGUGUGGUGUGAAGGGGACGUCGAGGGUGGGGGAGAGGUCCGGCAGAGUGGUGGGGGGUGAAGAUGCUGACCCAGCAGAGUGGUGCUGGCAGGCGGCGCUCAUCAACUCACUCAACCAGUACCUGUGCGGAGGUGCGCUCAUUGGCACUCAGUGGGUGCUCACGGCCGCUCACUGUGUCACCAACAUAGUGCGUUCGGGUGACGCGAUCUACGUGCGAGUGGGUGACCACGACCUGACCCGCAAGUACGGCAGCCCAGGUGCACAGACGCUGCGCGUUGCGACCACCUACAUCCACCACAACCACAACAGCCAGACGCUCGACAACGACAUCGCACUGCUCAAGUUGCACGGCCAGGCUGACCUCCGUGACGGUGUCUGCCUCGUCUGUCUGCCGGCGAGGGGAGUGUCGCAGGUCGCCGGCAAGAGGUGCACUGUCACCGGCUACGGCUACAUGGGUGAAGGUGGGCAUUCCACAAUAAAUCGAAUUUGA